GGCAGCCGGAGCCCGAGGCGGCGGCGCUAUGGCGGGCGGCCCGCAGGAGAACACGCUGCUGCAUCUCUUCGCCGGCGGAUGUGGAGGAACGGUUGGUGCCAUCUUUACUUGUCCCUUAGAAGUAAUAAAGACUAGGCUCCAAUCUUCAAAACUGGCCUUUCGGACUGUCUAUUACCCGCAAGUCCAGCUGGGGACCAUCAGUGGUGAAGGAAUGGUCAGGCCAACAUCUGUUUCACCUGGGCUCCUUAGCGUUCUUAAGUCAAUUCUGGAAAAAGAAGGACCAAGGUCACUCUUCCGAGGUCUGGGUCCAAACUUGGUUGGAGUUGCACCAUCGAGAGCUGUCUACUUUGCGUGCUACUCCAAAGCCAAAGAGCGAUUUAAUGGCAUUUUUGUACCCAACAGCAACAUUGUGCAUGUCUGUUCUGCAGGUUCUGCAGCCUUUAUCACAAAUACCCUGAUGAAUCCUAUAUGGAUGGUGAAAACCAGAAUGCAACUGGAACGGAAAGUCAGAGGUUCAAAACCAAUGAAUGCUCUGCAGUGUGCUAGAUACGUUUACCAGAUGGAAGGUAUGCGUGGUUUUUAUAGAGGAUUGACUGCCUCCUAUGCUGGGAUUUCUGAGACCAUUAUCUGCUUUGCUAUUUAUGAAAGUUUAAAAAAGCACUUAAAAGAAGUCCAGCUGCCCUCCUCUUCUUCUAACGGAACCGAAAGGAGCUCCACAAACUUCUUUAGACUGAUGUUUGCUGCUGCUGUUUCCAAGGGCUGUGCCUCUUGUAUUGCUUAUCCACAUGAGGUCAUACGGACACGGCUGCGAGAAGAAGGCACUAAGUACAAGGCCUUCAUUCAGACAGCACGGCUGGUAGCACGUGAGGAAGGCUACCUCGCCUUCUAUAGAGGACUUUUUGCCCAGCUCAUCCGGCAGAUACCAAACACAGCCAUUGUGUUGUCCACUUACGAGUUAAUUGUGUAUCUGUUAGAAGACCGUGCGAAGUAGCAGAGCCAAGACUGCUGUUACUGACUGUAGACCAAUGUCUUCGUUGAACAAACAGUCCUUAAUGACUGACGCAGGUUGCAUUGUUGGUGGAAGAACUGCAAGUCUGUGAUCACCUGCUGAAUGUUUUCCUUUUGGAUUCAUGCUUUCUGAAAGGUUUUGAGUCAUUAACGUUAAUAGUUAAUUAUAACUUUUUUUUAACUUAAUGAUAAUUAAGCAGCUACUAAAUUAAAUUACACUAUUUAAUUUAAGUAUAUGUUUGUCCUUUUUCCUUAAGCACAGCCAUUGUGGUCAAGGAAUGUACCUCAUACCAUCAAGUGGUCUCUUGGACUGAUGUUCAUUAAACUGUAUUAAAACUGAAGAACUGGCUUGGAAUUUUGAAACUUAGUCUUCCUACCACUGCAGUUGUAUCAUCUUUUAGCACUAAAGUAAGCUUAUGUCCAGAUAACUUUGACAGGUCUUCUAGUUUAUUUGUGGUACAUCAGCUCUUGCUGUGCAAACAUUCUGCAGCGUUCAAGAGGCACACCAGAAUCUGUUAAAAAAAGCCACUUACACUGGUAACAUUUGCAAAAUAAGAUUUUGAAGUGGGAAGCACUUCAGUAAAAUGUCCUUAGUUACAGCACUGUGCAUCUGUGCACCAGUGUUUGCAGACUGACCUGUCCUAACUGCUUUUAGACCUUGCUUUUGUGAAUGGCUGAGAGCAUAAGGACAGUCAGCGUUUGAGGCAUGGCCACCUUGUAGAAAUUCCAUGAGAUGUGCUACCUUGGUCGUGUAUCCUGACCUAAGCCUUUUUCUACUGCAGAGCUGUUUUUUGUGUUUUUCAAUGCUGGGGACCUGGAAAGUAGAAGAGAGGAUAAGAUAGGUCUCAAGUACGA